UUGAUUUGAGCUGCAGGAUGGAUUCACUUUUUCAUUUUGUCAGUUUCCAAUGAGGAUAUUUCUUCUGGACAGAAUCUCCAACUUUCCUCUUCUUACAUUUGGCAAUGAAUCGUCCUACUUCUUUUUUUUCUUUUACCGAAAGUUUGCCCCUGUAGCAUAUUCUCAUUAUCUGUGUUCCAAGUUCCCGUUAAGUACCCCCUCAAUUUUAAUCUAUAAAUUAGAGCCCCACAGAAAGUGCAAAAAAUAAUUUAAGCACCUGGCCGCUUAUUCGUGGGAGUAGGUAGGUACAGGCUCCCUCCAAUUAAAGAGCACUUCUGAAACUGGGGUUUUUAUGGUCUUAGCAGCUUUGGUCUCGGUUUAGAAUAAAGAUAAGAGAAAGAUGUUAAUUUGGGAUCACAGAAGUGGUAUUUGAUUGGAUGGGUCUUAAAAGGGAGGGAAACCACUGUAUAAUGUAUAUCUUAUUUUCUUUGUGGCAUGAAAAAAAAUGUUCCAACAAUUGUUUUUCUUUUUUUUUGUAUUCCAGAUAGCUUGACAUUUUAAAAAAAUAUAGCUGUUUUGGUUUUUCCAACGAUUUCUGAGCUGAUUAUGAACAUCUUAAAAAUAUUUCCCACAAUGCAGAUCACUGGCCAUUGUAUUAAAAAAGUAAGAAAACUGUUUGCCAACACUGUGCCUGUUGUUUUGGCUAUUAGCCGAUAUGUUUCAAUGCAAGAUGUUAAAUACGCGCCUGUGUACCCACGCUGGAUGUCGGAAGCAGUUGUGUAUAUCCAUUGGCCAUUUUGUAAACGCAGAUGCACGUAUUGCAACUUUAAUAAAUAUAUUGAAAACAAAGAUCAAAAUGAAACAAUGGCAAACUCCCUUGUAAAAGAAUUGCAAACAUUGAUAUCUCUCAGUGGAAUCAAGCAGAUAAAUUCUGUGUUUUUCGGUGGUGGAACGCCCAGCCUCGCUGAUCCAGUCAUGUUUGAAAGAAUUAUAAAUGAGAUUAAUAAACAAGCAUAUAUAUCACCAGAUGCAGAAAUCUCCAUGGAGGCUAAUCCCACCGCACUAGAAGCAGAGAAGUUAGUUUCAUUUAAAUUGGCUGGUAUCAAUCGAAUCUCCAUUGGAUUGCAAGCAUUGAACCAAACUGACCUUAAGAUAUUGGGACGUGAUCAUUCUGUGAAGGAAUCUAUCCGUGUUUUACACAAAGCCAAGAAACUCUUCCCAGGUCGUACCUCAAUAGAUUUGAUGUUUGCAAGACCUGGACAGACAGUUACAUCAUGGUUGAAAGAGCUAGAGGAAGUUAUAAAGCAUGCAGAUGAUCACAUCUCUCUUUAUCAGUUGACUUUAGAGCGAGGCACAGAAUUGUUCAAGUGGUAUCAGAAAGGGCAAAUAUCUGUCCCAGAAAGCGAUGUCUCUGCAGAAAUGUACAAAGCAGCUGUUUGUAUCCUAGCUGAGGCUGGGUAUGAAAGGUAUGAGGUGUCAAACUUGGCAAAACCUGGUUCUGAAAGCCAACACAAUCAAGCUUAUUGGUCAGGAAGUCAAUAUUUAGGUGUUGGACCUGGGGCACAUGGGAGAUUUGUGCCCCUGAACCAGGAUAAGUAUCCAGAUACAUCAGUACAGAGGGAAACAAAGCCUGAUGGAUUCACAGGUUUCAGUGAUGAAGGUUAUUCAGAAAUUGUUUUUAAAAGUGAUCAAUCUGGGUUACCAAUGCGUGAAGCAAGGAUUCAGACACUAGAACCGUUACCAUGGAUGAUGGAGGUCCAUAGAAAUGGGCACGGAACCAGAAGAAGAGUGAAACAGAGUGUUCGGGAAAUAUUACAAGAAUUGAUCAUGCUGGGAUUGAGAACUAAAAGAGGAAUAUCAAGCAACAAAUGGCUUGAACAUUCUGGUAGAAUUUCUUUGAGGCAAAUUUUCCAGAAAAAUGAAGCAGUUAAGGUUUUGGAAAAUCAUGGAUUGGUUAAAAUAUCUGAUGAAUAUCUGAAACCAACUGCAGCAGGUUUAACAGUCGCUGAUAGCCUGUCUACGGAACUAAUUCUUGCUCUUGAUGAAUAUAUCAAGAUAUCCAGCAAAUAAUCUUUAAAAAAAAAAUUUUUGU